AUGGCUGCCGCAGUAGACAACGAUUUAAUCGACAGAGAUUUGCCUAAAGCUGUGGAUUUGCUAAACACUCUUACAGAGCAGGUAGCCUCUGUCACCAAACAUGUGCGUGAACUGCUAGCCAAAGUUAAAGAUGGUGCGUUUAAGACCUCAAAGGGUUUAUCUUUCCUGGACCUCCGCUACCAGCUGAUGCUCUUCUACCUCCAGGACCUGACUCACCUGAUCAGCAUCAAGACAGCAGGAGGGGAAAUCAGAGAGAGCGAAGCCUUGGAGAGAAUUGUCACAGUCAGAACGGUCCUAGAGAAGAUGCGACCUCUGGAUCACAAGCUAAAAUACCAGAUUGACAAACUGGUGCGCACAGCUGUUACAGGAAGUUUAGCUGAAAAUGACCCGUUGCAGCUCCGCCCUAACCCUGAGAAUCUCAUCAGCAAGCUUAGUGAAUCUGAGGGAUCAGACGAUGAAGACGAGAGCAAAGAAUCUUCAGAGAGAAAACCAGCCGCCUCCAGCAGCAAGAAAUACGUUCCUCCAAAGAUUGCCCCAAUGCAUUAUGACGGUGACUUGACGGAGGCAGACAAGAAGAAGGCCCAGAUGGAGCGGCAGCGCCGAGCCGCCCUCAGAAGCUCCGUGAUCCAGGAGCUCCGGCAGCAGUACAGCGACGCUCCGGAGGAGAUCAGGGAGAAACGGGACUUCCAGAGUGAACGGCAAAGCCGCGAGGAGCUCCACAGGAAAAACUAUGAGGAGUCCAUGAUGGUUCGCCUCAGUAUGCCUAAGAGUCAAAGGAACUCCAAGAAGAGAGGCAUGAUGGGAAUGUCCAGCCAGCUGAACAGGAUCACACACUUUGGAGACAUCUCAGCUUUGACUGGCGGUGAAGGCGGGCAGGAUGGAGACGGCUCUCGACCCAAGAAAAAGAAGAAGCUCAUGAAAAAGAAAACUAAAAGAAAAGCCUUCAAGAAGCACAGAUAGAAGUCCUGAUGUCUCAAUACCAAGAAGUCAUCACAACAGCUUCCAGUUCUUUGAUUAGAUCGAUUUAAGCACGUUUUUUCAUGGUGCUUUUGCAGCUUCCAUUUAAAUCAUUAAAGAAAUUUUUAAGUUUAAA